AUGGCAGAGAAGCAGUUCAUGUCCAUGUCUUCGAACUCAAGCCCCAUGCUGUUUCCUGUGAUGAUUAUGUUACUYACAGACCCGGAGAUUGAGAGCAGUUUAUUGAUCAGCUCAGAUGAAGGGGCAACGUAUCAAAAGUACCGGCUGAACUUUUACAUCCAGAGCUUGCUUUUCCACCCAAAGCAAGAAGACUGGAUUCUGGCAUAYAGUCAAGACCAAAAGUUAUACAGCUCUGCCGAGUUUGGGAGAAGAUGGCAGCUUAUCCAAGAAGGGGUGGUACCAAAUCGGUUCUACUGGUCUGUGAUGGGGUCGAACAAGGAACCAGACCUGGUGCAUCUGGAGGCCAGAACUGUGGAUGGUCAUUCACAAUACCUUACUUGCCGAAUGCAGAACUGCACAGAAACCAACAGAAAUAAACCUUUCCCAGGCUACAUUGACCCAGACUCUUUGAUUGUCCAGGAUGAUUAUGUGUUUGUUCAGCUGACGUCAGGAGGAAGACCACAUUACUACGUGUCCUACCGGAGGAAUGCGUUUGCCCAAAUGAAGCUUCCGAAAUACGCUUUGCCCAAGGAUAUGCAUGUCAUUAGCACAGAUGAGAACCAAGUGUUUGCAGCAGUCCAAGAAUGGAACCAGAAUGAUACCUACAACCUCUACAUCUCAGACACCCGAGGUGUCUACUUCACAUUGGCCUUGGAGAAUGUCCAGAGCAGCAGAGGUCCUGAGGGUAACGUCAUGAUUGACCUCUAUGAGGUAGCAGGGAUAAAGGGAAUGUUCUUGGCUAACAAGAAGAUUGACAACCAAGUGAAGACCUUCAUCACAUACAACAAAGGCAGAGACUGGCGUUUGCUGCAGGCACCAGACACAGAUCUCAGAGGGGACCCUGUGCAUUGCUUGUUGCCCUAUUGCUCACUACACCUUCACCUGAAAGUCUCUGAGAAUCCCUACACAUCAGGAAUCAUUGCCAGCAGAGACACAGCUCCAAGCAUCAUAGUUGCUUCAGGUAAUAUAGGUUCUGAACUGUCAGACARCGACAUCAGUAUGUUUGUCUCUUCAGAUGCAGGGAACACUUGGAGGCAGAUCUUUGAAGAAGAGCACAGUGUUUUGUACCUAGAUCAAGGUGGAGUCCUGGUGGCCAUGAAACACACUUCUCUUCCAAUUCGACAUCUUUGGUUGAGUUUUGAUGAAGGGAGAUCUUGGAGCAAAUACAGUUUCACUUCUAUUCCACUUUUUGUGGAUGGGGUUCUGGGUGAACCGGGAGAAGAAACACUAAUCAUGACAGUGUUUGGACACUUCAGCCACCGCUCUGAAUGGCAGCUGGUUAAAGUGGACUAUAAGUCCAUUUUCGACAGACGGUGUGCCGAGGAGGACUACAGGCCUUGGCAGCUACACAGCCAGGGGGAAGCAUGCAUCAUGGGAGCCAAGAGGAUAUACAAGAAGCGAAAAUCCGAGCGGAAGUGUAUGCAAGGAAAAUAYGCAGGAGCUAUGGAAUCUGAACCCUGUGUUUGCACAGAAGCUGAUUUUGACUGUGACUAUGGCUAUGAGCGACACAGCAAUGGGCAGUGCCUGCCAGCAUUUUGGUUCAAUCCAUCCUCUCUCUCAAAGGACUGCAGCAUUGGACAGAGCUACCUCAAUAGUACUGGGUAUAGAAAGGUGGUUUCCAAUAACUGCACUGAUGGAGUGCGAGAACAAUACACAGCCAAACCACAGAAGUGUCCGGGGAAGGCCCCUCGUGGCCUCCGGAUCGUCACUGCAGAUGGAAAGCUGACUGCAGAACAGGGGCACAAUGUCACUCUCAUGGUGCAGCUGGAAGAGGGUGAUGUCCAGCGGACACUCAUCCAAGUGGACUUUGGUGAUGGCAUUGCAGUGUCUUACGUCAAUCUCAGCUCCAUGGAAGAUGGGAUCAAACACGUCUAUCAGAACGUGGGCAUUUUCCGAGUGACGGUGCAGGUGGACAACAGUCUGGGGUCUGACAGCGCCGUCCUGUACUUACAUGUAACUUGUCCCUUGGAGCAUGUGCACCUAUCUCUUCCCUUUGUCACCACAAAGAACAAGGAGGUCAAUGCAACUGCGGUGCUGUGGCCCAGCCAAGUGGGUACCCUCACUUAUGUGUGGUGGUAUGGAAACAACACGGAGCCCUUGAUCACCUUGGAGGGAAGCAUAUCAUUCAAAUUUACUUCAGAAGGAAUGAACACCAUCACAGUGCAGGUCUCCGCCGGAAAUGCCAUCCUGCAGGACACAAAGACCAUCGCAGUGUAYGAGGAAUUCCGUUCUCUUCGCUUGUCCUUUUCUCCAAACCUGGAUGACUACAACCCGGACAUUCCUGAGUGGAGGAGRGACAUCAGCAGAGUCAUCAAAAAGUCCCUGGUGGAAGCCACAGGAAUUCCAAGCCAGCACAUCCUGGURGCAGUACUGCCUGGUUUACCCACCACUGCCGAGCUCUUUGUCUUGCCUUACCAGGAUCCAACAGGAGAAAACAAAAGGUCACUGGAGGACCUGGAGCAGAUAUCAGAAGUACUGAUCCAUAAGCUCAACCAAAACUCAGUGCACUUUGAGUUGAAGCCUGGGGUCCAAGUUCUGGUCCAUGCAGCUCACCUAACAGCAGCCCCACUGGUGGACCUCACUCCAACCCACAGUGGAUCCGCCAUGUUGAUGCUGCUCUCGGUGGUGUUUGUGGGGCUGGCCGUGUUCGUCAUCUACAAGUUUAAAAGGAAGAUCCCGGGGAUUAAUGUUUAUGCCCAGAUGCAGAAUGAAAAAGAACAAGAGAUGAUCAGUCCAGUCAGUCACACUGAAAGCAGGCCCAAUAUCCCUCAGACUGAACUAAGAAGGCCUGGCCAGCUUAGAGAUGAGAAGGUGGAAUCCCAGCUCGUAGGAAGUAUUUCCAUAGUUGCUGAGAAUCAAAGCACAAAAGAAAUCCCUACCUAUGUAAAUGUUUGAAUGGAGGACGCCAGU